AACAACCCAAUUGAGUCCUAAGUCCCAAAUUAACAGAAGAAGGCGCGCUGUAUGUGACUGUGUUAUCCACAUUCACCAAACAAUCUCCCAGUUCUAAUGGAAACCCUUGUGAGUUCAUCUUCUAAACUUGCAACUACUUUUCUCUCUUCUCCCUUUAAAACCCUACCUGGGUUUUCUUCUACUGCCAAUUCUUGCUUGGUAUUUCGACAUGGGAGUAUGAAUAUUUCAUUUAAAAAGGAGCUUUAUAGAAGCAGUAGAAGGUCAAUAAUGGUGGAAGCUAAAAAGGGUAAUGACAAAAAGAGCAAAAACAGUAAAGUUGACACUCAUAGCUUUGCUCCUAAACCUGAUGAAGCUACUGGCCCUUUUCCUGAAUCUGUUCUUCUUAAAGAGAAAAAAGUUCAAGAAGAUGGUAGAGCUCUGCCUGAAUUUGCAGAUGAAGAAGAACAAGAACUAUUCGAAUUUCUUAACCUUCAGCUAGAAAGCGAUCUCAAUGUCGAAGAGAUGCGCCAUUAUGAAGUGGUUUAUCUGAUUCAUCAAGACUAUAAGGAAAAGGUUGAAGAAGUAAAUUCCAAGAUUCAAGACUUUCUAAGGGAAAAGAAAGGCAGAGUCUGGAGGUUUAGUGACUGGGGCAUGCGAAGACUGGCUUACAAGAUAAAAAAAGCGACGCAUGCCCAUUAUAUUUUAAUGAACUUUGAGAUAGAAGCCCAGCGGAUUAACGACUUCAAGCAGAUGUUAGAUCAGGACGAGAGAGUGAUUCGUCAUCUUGUUAUCAAAAGAGACAAAGCGAUAACCGAAGAUUGUCCACCCCCUCCCGAGUUCCAUACAUUGCGAGCCAAUAUGGUAGAUGAGUAUGAAGUUGAUGAUUACGAAGACGAUGCAAUUGAUGAUGGUGAGGAGUGGUAUGAUGAGGAUGAACGGGAUCUUGAAGGGUACGAAGAUGAUGAUGUUGAUAUUGAAGAUGUUAGCGGUAAAAAGGUAAUUAAAGGAACUAGUAAUCAAAAAACUCUUGUGACUAACAAGGGCAAAUGAAAUCUGAAGCAUGAGAAGGCACUUAGAUAAACAGUCGAUGCAGCUCGAAGCUUCAGAUACAGACGGAAUUACUCAGUCAUUUUUGUUCGAGGCAGUGGGGACUGCUCCUCUGCUGGUUUGCUGCUGCUAGUGAGAGCUAUAUAUGAAUAUAAUUAUGAUUAUGUAAAGUUGCUAGGGCAGCAAAUGUACUUGUGAGACUCUUUUGGUGCAGUGUUGUUUACUUCUGUUAUUGCCCGUCGUAUAGUCGAUAUGUAUCCGAUAUACUCCUACUUGAAUAGUUUAUAUCGGAUACACAUAUUGUAAAAUAUACGGAAUACUAUACGUAUCCUCAUUCUCGUUCUCAUA